AUGUGGACCCUCUGGGCGUCACUGACACUGCAGUGGAGAGGGGCCGCUCUGCUCUGGGCUCUGUCAGUUCUGUGUGAAGGCAUCUCACUGGGUGUGCAGCAGCUCUGGAUCCUGUGCUUGCAUGUCCCGGGUGGGUCAUACCCUGUGGUAGUGAAGAUGGGACAUGCACACGCUGGGAUGGGCAAGAUCAAAGUGGAGAACCAGCAGGACUUCCAGGACAUCACCAGCGUCGUGGCCCUGGCCGGGACAUACGCCACCUCCGAGCCAUACGUGCAGUCCAAGUACGACAUCCGUAUUCAGAAGAUUGGCAGCAACUACAAAGCCUACAUGAGAACGUCCAUCUCUGGUAACUGGAAAGCCAACACAGGGUCGGCCAUGUUGGAACAGAUCGCCAUGACAGAUCGAUACCGGCUGUGGGUGGACUCGUGUGCAGAGAUGUUCGGAGGCCUGGACAUCUGCGCCGUGAAGGCCGUGCAUGGAAAAGACGGCAACGAUUACAUCAUCGAGGUGAUGGACAGCUCAAUGCCUCUUAUUGGGGAGCACGUGGAAGAGGACAAACAACUCAUCACUGACCUCGUCCUCCACAAGAUGGCGGUGUUGUUGCUCGGAGUGGCCCUUCCACAGCCUUCCUCUGUCAAGGCCACACAGCCUAGAAGAGGAGGACACCGGUCGGCCUCAGCCUCUCCGUCACAGUCUGCUCAGGCCUCUCCGCAGAGGGCCCGCUCUGCCAACACUUCCCCCAGCCAAGCCUUCCAACCGGGGCCCAUCCCUGCAGUCCCGGGGCCUGGAGUUCAGAAGCAGUCCCCUCAGCUCAAUAAAUCCCAGUCACUGACCAACACAUUGUCCGACACACUGAAGGGAAACCCCACAGACGACGAGGCCAAAGCCGAGACCAUCCGCAGCCUGCGCCAGUCCUUUGCGAGCCUCUUCUCCGACUGA